AUGGCCGAAUAUUGGAAAUCAGCGCCACGCCACUGGUGCAAACAAUGCAAGAUCUUCAUUCGUGACACACCCUUCGAAAAGACCCAACAUGAAGCAAGCCCCAAACACCAAGGCAGUCUAAAGCGCUUCCUGCGCGAUAUCCACAAGAACAAUGAAAUGCAACAGAGAGAAACACAACGAGCCAAGAGUGAGGUAGAACGUUUGCGACAAGCCGUCUCGGGCGAACCAUCCGCGUCGAAGUCUGAAGGCAAACCCUCAGCCCCAGUCCCAGCUAAACGCGCCGCUGCCCCGACCAACCGACCCGUUAGCGUGGAGGAAAGAAAGAAACAGAUGGCGCAACUUGCUGAAAUGGGUGUCGCUAUCCCUCAGGAAUACCGCGGUGACAUGGCCUUGACUGGAGAAUGGCAAACAGUUUCCGAGACACGACUUGACGGUUUACCGGAGUCAGCCAAGUCUAUUGGUAUUCGAAAGCGCAAGCUUGAGGGUGAUGAAGAUGAGGAGGGUGGACAAAUCCCGGAGCAAUAUGUGAGCAAAGGGUGGGGAUCGAGGAUGAAGACAUAUCCUGGGGCGGAAGAUGAUGGUGACGACGGUGACCUUGAUGCUCUGCUUGCAUCUACUAAAGAUUUGAAAAAGCCUAAGAUGGAGACAGAGGCAGUUGAUUCGAAAGAGCAGGAAUCAUCAUUUACCCUGGCAUCUAAGAAAGAAGAAGAUGAAACUGCCGACUCAAAUGCUCCAGCCGCAACGGUCCCUGACGUGGAGGGACCAAACCCGAUCAAGAAAGAGGAGGCUGACGAUUCUGCUGUGCCCAUGUUGAGUGCAGCCCCUGAAAGCGAGGAGGUGCCUGGAGUCGUUUUCAAAAAGCGCAAAGCGAAGGUGAUGAGAAAAUGA